CGUAUAUCCCUUGCUGUGCCAUCAGGCUUCUUCGACCUAUGCUUCGCCAUUCAGUGUACGGGCUAUUCAGUACCUAAUGAUACGGGCCUCUAUUCUAUUCUCUUCUCUGCAAUCACCCCGCCGUAACCGGCGACAGAGCCCUCCGUCCUGGAACCCCCGUCGUCCGUCGUCGCGCCCAUUCACCGGCCUCCGCGACCCACCGAGUAAUUUUCUUCAUUCAUUCACUGCUACAGCUUACAGCCCAUCACCGUCCUAGUACACGUAUUCGACAGCGACAUAUGAACGGCCUGAAGGCAAAGCUGAUCAUCUUCUCGAAUCCCUCGCCGGGAACGAGGACGGCGCGCUCGCACCCUCGCCACACGUGCGCGCCGCCCUCGUGCCCAUUGUCCGCCCUUGCCUUGCUAGGAACGGCGUGCGCAGCACCCAGACCCUGCCCGUGGGACGCGCUAGUCCCAUUUCCUUUGCGAGGCGUGUUAUUCGGCGUGGCGGGCUACCGUAUUCUUCGAGUGCCCCAAAUUCCACGGCGACGAGUUUGCGGGGACGAGCGUAGCGCGAAGCAGGCGGACCAGGUUGUCGGUCGGGCGGCCCUCGAUUUUUCUGACGUGGGCGGCGGGGGUGUGACAGGGAGGGGGAGAAGGUAGGGGAGGGAUUCGAGGGAGGACGGGGUGCAGAGCGGGUCAGGCACGGACGAUCCGAGGGCGCGUUCAA